AUGGCCGACGUAUUCCGUUUAAUACAGUGUCCUAGUUGUUUACAACGUUUAAACAAGCCAAAAGAAUUGUAUUGCAAACAUGUUAUAUGUGCCAAAUGUUUAGAAGUUAUACUUCAAAAUCAUUCAAAACAACGUCCUUCGAAAUGUCCAAAAUGUCAGACACCAUUCGAGGAAUAUCUCAUAGAAAAAUACGAUUAUCUACCACAGUCACAUCAAAUAACAAAACUAUUAACUCGACUGGAAGAUAUCGAUUUAUGUUUUAAGUGCAAAGAUUUCACUGAUAUUCAAAAAUGUGACGAAUGUAAACAAACUUUUUGUGAAAAUUGUAUCAACGAUCAUCAACAUAAAAAAUCCACAGUAUCAUCACCAACAAUACUGAACAAAAGUAAUCUCAACGAUUUUACAUCAGCUGAAAUAGCUAUUAUUGAAUCAGUUAAAGAAAUAUUAACAGAAAAGGAAUAUAUCGAUUUUAUCGCUGUGACUCGAAUGUAUUUAAAAAAUCCAAUUAAAAAUAGUAAAGAAGGCUAUCGUCCAUCAACUAUUGCACAAAGUACAACUACAAUUUCAAAAAAUUUCAAUUUCAAAGAAUUUUUAAAUACAGAAGUUCCUUAUGAUUGGAUGAGACAUGAACACGUUACCCAGGAAAAUAUUUUAUUAUCUCCUCAACGUGCAAAAAAUUUAUUACGACUUGAUUUUGUACCGCGAGCAUAUCAACUUCGAAUGGCUAGACAUGGUUUAAAUAAAACAAAUUCCGUUGUUUGUUUACAAACUGGAGCGGGUAAAACGUGGGUUGCUGGAAUAGUUGUAAAAUUUCUUUAUAUUUUGACAAAACAAUCAUCAAAUAUUGGUAACAAUAAUAAUUAUUUGAAAAAAUCUUCAAAUUCAUCUCGUUUUAAAUGUGUAUUUCUUGUACCAAUAAAAGCACUGAUCGAACAACAAUGCAUUGCAUUCAAGAAAAUAUUUCCUGAUCAAUCUGAUAAAAUUUUGAAACAAAUCGACAAAGAGGCUGCAGUACGUUUUAAUCAGUUGUACGAUCAAUUUGAUAUAUUUUUUUUUACAUAUCAAAAAUUCAAUAAUUAUAUUGAAGCAAAUCAUAUCAAAUUUAAUAUGUUUGAUUUAAUUGUUAUUGAUGAAUGUCAUCAUUGUUAUAGUGAUCAUCCUGUUAUGGAUAUGAUGCGUCGUUAUCAUCAACUCAAAGUACAAGGCGAUUAUGUACCACAAAUAAUGGGUUUAACAGCUAGCGUGGGCACAAACAAAGGAAAUGGAUUUGAACAUUUAGUUCAAUUAUGUGCAAAUUUAGAUUCUCUCUAUGUAUGUGCCAUUGAAAAUGAUCGAGAAUUAGAAGAAUUAAGAAAAUCAACAAAUACACCAUUAGCAGAUACAAUCAUACCUGUAGCAAUUGAUCUAACCGAUCCAUAUGCAGCUUGUCUCAAAGAAGAGGUAAUGACUCGAAUAUGUAAUCGAUUAAAUUAUGAAACAAGUCAGUUUGGAACGCAAAUGUUUGAAAAUUAUCUUAUGACUAAAUAUCAGAAUGCUGUGAAAAGAAAUGAUAGAAUGGAAAAUACUGGAUGUGAUUAUUUAUUAAAAUUCAAUAGAUUUUUGCAGAAUUACAAUGAUUUACCAUUUCAACAAUGUUAUAAAUGGUUAGAAGAUGAAUUACAUCGUCCUGUACUAGUUAACUAUGAACAGUUUGAACUAGAAUGCCGACGAUAUUGGGAGAAUUUCCGACGGUUUGUUGAAAAUCACAGAUCUGAUCAACCGUAUGUGAAAAAUAAAUUAAAAAAAUUAACUGACCUUAUACUUCAAUUGCAUGAAUCAGAGUCAAAAGGUCUAAUACUUGUUCGCACAAAAUUUCAUACCGUAGCAUUAGAAAUAUUUCUUAGUGAACAUCCAGAUUUGAUAGCACGGAAUAUCAGACCUGGUCGACUAACUGGGCAAGGCUCCCUUGAAGACAUGUAUAUGCCAGCAAAUAUACAAAUGGCAUCAUUAAAUCAGUUUCGAUCUGGCGUAAAGAAUCUACUUGUUGCCACUGAUGUUGCACAAGAAGGUUUGGAUGUUGCCGAAUGUUCAUAUGUUAUUCGCUACGAAUUUGUUAGUAAUGAAAUCGGAACUGUACAAAGCCGAGGCAGAGCGAGAGCUUUACAAAGCAAGUGUUUUUUAAUCACAGAAACACAAUCAUUGAACCAGCGACGUGAAUUGGAAAAUCGUUCAAAAGAAAUAGACAUGAAAAGAGCAUUGGAAGAACUGAAGGAAAAAGGUGUUCAUGAAUUUCAAAAACUUGUUGUGUUAAAACAGGCUGAGUUAAUUGAACAGAUACAUAAAAAUGGUGGAGUUAAUCGACAACCGCUAGAGCCUACAACACAUUCAGAAGUUUAUUCUGUCCGUUGUCGAUACUGUAAUACGUAUCUUUGUCAAAGUUCGGCAUUGAGAAAACAAGGCACAACGUAUGUGUGUAUCGAUCCACAAUUUAUAAAAGAAAAAAUAACACCAAUGUCAGAUGACAAAAAAUUUUAUUGUUCAAAUCCAUCGUGCGGUAAAGAACUGGGACCAAUCAUUCUAUUUACCGUUAGUAUGCCUGGCUAUGCUCUGACAAUUACAGCAUUGAAAUUUGUCGAUAGACACGGUGAUAGUCACACAUACAAGAAAUGGAGUAUGUUUCCUUCUCAUGUUCAAUCAUUAUAA